UUUACUCAUGCAAGCAUUAGAACAAGCUAGUAGUCAUCCACCCCGAAACGUUAAUCCAAGUCCAACUGUCUCUUCACCGUAUAGAGAAGAAGUGGAACAAAAAAGAUCCAGGAAGAAUAGUAAAACCAGAAGGUUGACUAAACAAAAAA